CGACUGACCCGGGACAGAGGUCAGCCCACGGGUUACAUAAUUCACUGCAGCUUUUACAACUUUUCUAAAAGGAGACUGACCUCAUUUUACGAGAAAACCCCAGAUAUCUGGACUUGCUAACAAAUAAACCCGUCUCUGCGCGGGAAAUCUUGACUAGGACUGGAACGUUAGCUAGGCUGAGUGGCGCGAGGCGUGGUUCUUAUCCAAACGGCUCUCUGGUUAGGCUGUUUCUGAGGGGCAGAGCACAAAGUUAGCACAAACUCGCCAUGGCGAAGGUGGAGAGGAUCCCGCAGAAGUUCUCCAACCCCGCGAAACCGGCCCAAAUCGCGGACUCGGAGUCCGAAUCGGAUCAGGAUGACGACAGUUCUGCGAGCGCCGACACUGGCUGGAGCCCCGCCGGCCGGGCGCAGGUCAUCCACAGCGGACACUUCAUGGUCUCUUCGCCGCACAGCGACUCUCUGGCGCGGCGGCGGAGAAGCGGAGCCUCGGCGGAUUACGACUUCGACACCGUGAGCAAACUGGGCUGCCACACGUACAGCUUCGGCCCCUUCAGCUCCAGGAGGCUCAGCAUAGACCCCACACUCACACGGCUGUUCGAGUGCAUGACUCUGGCGUACAGUGGGAAGAUAGUAUCUCCUAAGUGGAAGUCUUUCAAAGGCCUGAGGCUGCUGUGGAGGGAUAAAAUCCGUCUGAAUAAUGGCAUCUGGAGAGCCUGGUUCAUUCAGUAUGUGGAGAAAAGGAAAAAUCCAGUGUGUGGGUUUGUCACUCCGUUGGAGGGGUCAGAAGCAGACGCUCAUCGCAAACCUGAGGCGAUUGUGUUGGAGGGAAGUUACUGGAAGAGACGGAUAGAAGUGGUGAUAAAAGAGUAUCACAAGUGGAGGAUCUACUACAAGAAGAGGAAGCACAAAGAUCUAAUGCCUGUUCUUCAGAAGACCCCUAUCUGCAGGACAGGGCUGGAGAAAUGGUCCAAUCAGAUGUACCCUGAGCCCGAAGUGACCCCAGAAGAGGUGCACAUGUUUGACUUGGAUUGCUUCCUCUCUGAUAUUUCAGACACUCUCUUCACCAUGACCCAGAAGCCGUGCCCAUGGUCAGGAGAUCUCCACAACACCUACAGCAGUAAUGCUGAUAUAAUCCAGCCUGGUUUGACCCCUCUUCAGCCCAAUUUGGAUGACCUCAUGGACACUCCAGACAUCUUUGUGAGUUAUCGUGGGCAGUCUCUGGAGCAGACCUGCUAUGCUGACUGUGGCUUCUUUGAGAAUUCAUCCAGUGCCCCAUUCUCCUCUAGCCCCUCCACUGUAGGCAGUACGCCUCUGAUGCACACAGGGCCCCAGCUUACACAGCCCACAGCUGAGAGAUUGUCACAACCCUCCACAGCAGUCAGCUUACCAAGCCCUGGUUACUUACAGCAGCCUUUGACCACUGAUAUGACCUUUGAUACCAGUGGCAUGAACUUGACCGAGCCCAAGUUCAAGACUCAUUCGGAGUAUGGUCCUCCCAGCGAGUUCCCUCAUUCUCUCACCCUCCCUCCCCACAUAGACUCAUAUGGGCAGCAGCAUUCCUUCACUGGCCCUGGUGUUGCCAUGGCAACCUCACACAUGGCCUCCACCUCCAUGUCACAGGAGAACCCUUACCUGUACCCAGCCAGUUGCCUGAGAUAUAGACACCCAUCAGCCAGCCAUUCAGGUACCAACGUUGCUGUCACGUCUACCGUCAUCACCCACACGGGGUCUGCCAUAAACGUCCUGCCACAAGAUCCUCAGCAGGGCCAAGGCUUCCUCAGCCUGCCUGAAAUGCUGACCCAAAGCACGUGUGUCUCUCUCGGUUACCAGCCAAUGACCGUGGCCCCGCCUCCGGUGACCCUGCCCUCACCCGGCCACGCCCACUGCUUCUCCAUGCCACAGCAGGUGGGCAGAGGGAAGCACAAACAAAAGACUGGAGGGGCUAAAGGGUUUCCCCCAACAGUAGCUACAUCUGCAACCCCACCUGCACAAACCAGCUGCCUGGCCAAGCUCCUGUCCACUGGCUCUCAAGAGCGAAAACCGACAUUGGGUUGUGAAGCUCAGUUUGUUGGGUCAAAGGGCCACAGACCAACUUCUCCCAACUCAGCAUCUACCAGCAGCAUGUCAGCAGGUCGUGGAGGAUCACAGACAUGCCAACAUUCUACGUGGCCCUCUGCGGAGAUUCUGCCAUUGGCUCCACUGCAGACGCCCAUACUUCCCCAGACUAGCUCUGCCCAGAGCUCCACUGUCUCCUCUCUCCUCACCCAGGGGCCCCCGCUCCUCAUCCCCAAGACCGAGAAACUCUCACCCAUUCAAAUCCACACCCCAGAGAGGACCAGCCUAACAGUGAGCUUUUCAGGAAACUUUGGCCCAACGUCCCCAACCAAUUCUUCAGAGAAAAGCUUGGAGUCUUCACAUACAUUACCUGGAGUAGCCAAGACAGAACCUAAUAGGACAGAUACACGACGAAUCACGCACAUAUCUGCUGAGCAGAAGAGGAGGUUUAAUAUCAAACUGGGAUUUGACACCUUACACAGCCUGGUGACAACACUCAGCUCUCAGCCCAGUAUUAAGAUUAGUAAGGCUACAACUCUGCAGAAGACAGCGGAGUACAUAAGUAAGAUGCAGCAGGAGAGAUCGCAGCUCCAUGAGGAGGCGCAGAGACUCCGAGAUGAGAUCCUGGUGCUCAACUCUGCCAUUAAUGUGUGUCAGCAACAGCUCCCCGCUACAGGCGUUCCCAUCACACGUCAGCGCUUUGAUCACAUGAGGGAGAAGUUCAGAGAAUACGUCAGGGCUCAGACACUGCAGAACUGGAAGUUCUGGAUUUUCAGUGUGAUUAUGGAGCCUCUGUUUGAGUCCUAUAACAGUAUGGUGUCCACGGCCAGUGUGGAGGAUCUGUGCCGUACAACCCUCAGCUGGCUGGACCAGCACUGCUCCCUGCCCGCCCUCAGACCCACUGUUCUGAGUUCACUCCGUCUGCUCAGUACCUCCACGUCCAUCCUGACAGACCCCAGCCUGGUUCCUGAGCAGGCCACUCAAGCGGUCACUCAGAGUCAUCCCUCCCACAGUUACAGCCAGCAGCAUCCUCUCUAAUGACGGAAAGAAACGGCAAAGAAAUAACUCUCUCCCUCACAACUUCAUCGCGUAAUCAUCCCUAUUAUCAAUACACGAUAGUCACACACUAAUGCUAAUGUACAUUACCUCCAAUGCUUAUGUACAAGCCACUACUUCAUGUUUGGAUAUGAAUACAACCCCCAUGGUGGCUGUGCAUCGUUUUAACAACUAAUGCAGUUUUAAACUGUCACAAAUUCUAAACUACAAAACAUAUGCGACCUAGCUACAACAUGCCUUGCAACAAAGCUUCUUCAAACAUGUUUUACAUAGAAAAUCUUUUUAUAUGCACAUUUUUUGGAAGUAAAUUCAGCACAAAGUUAAUCUGAUAGGGCCUAAUUUCCCAAAAGCAUUGUAUUACUUGCUGUACAUAACACCUUACAAUGACCUGUUAUGAUAGCUUUAGGGACUCGAAAGCAGCAUAAUUUGGCAAUUAUGUAAAGUCAUGAUUUGGGUGAAAAUCAGAUUUACACUUUCCCUGCCUUUGCCGAAAUGUGCUUAAUCAGCCAAGAUUUAUUUGGUGUGCAUAGUUUGCUUUAUUUUUGCACUGGAUAAUUGAGUUAAUAGCUAUAAAACAAAUAUGGCGCUGUGCAGUCUGAACUAAAUAAUAACACACUCUGUUUAUUAUGUAGUUUCUGAUUGUGUAUUACACAUUAUGUGCUGUUGUCACUCAACGUGGCCAGGUACCGCCUGCUGUACCAGAAAAGCGCUUCUUGAUUGACGUGCAGUUUGGCCAGUCACAGAUCAAUGUGGUGUGUGUCAGCAAACGAACUAACAUUCAGAUUUUUUGUGCACAUCUUAGCAUACAGUAAAUAUCAGACAGUCUGUGUACCUUUGUGGACAGAGCAUCUAAAGCUAAAACUACACUGUAGGUCCAAGAGGAUCCCUUCAUUCUAAGUGCUCCUAUUGAUAGUGCAGGUUUUCAAUAGCACACACAUGGCUUAUAUAAUCUCCAUAGAAAAGCGUUGCUAAUAGAAUGGUCACCAUGCUGAAUGCCAGACAUCUGCCUGAUUGGGAUAAAGUCCCCCAGCAUUUGACUGCAGUAGAGGAACUGUGUUCUCUGAACGCUGUCCAUCCAAUACUUUCGGGAUGACCUCCUGUGAAUAAAUGCAAGCAAAUCCUCACAGCAAAUGCUCCAACAUCUAGUGUAAAACUUUCCUAGGAGAGUAGAAGCUGUUACUGGCUUGCUUAUAAUACUCUUGGUUUUGGAAAAGUUGAAUGAGCAGAUGUCUACAACCUUUUAGACAUACCGUGUACUAUUAUCUAUGCUACUACUGUUUUAACUCUGCCACAUACUGCAGUAUGUCAUAUAGUGUCAGACACCAGACAAGAAAUUCUGUUUAAGAUGACUUAAUAUCUUAACAGUUUGAGAAAAGUGUGUGAUGAUUGAGGCAUCAAGUUUACAUUUUAGUCAAUGGGGGCUAGGCUAAUAUUACUUCUUAGCUACAUUAGCGUUGUAGCUCUAGCGCAAUAGUAAAGAAGCAAACUUCACAAAACAUAUCUUGGCUAAUUUGCCGUUUGGGAUAAGGGGUUCAUUGUGUAAAUGGGAUUUUUCAGCUCAGCGCCAAUACCAAAGCCGCUGCUUGUUAUUAAUAUUUAGCUUCAGAUUACUUCAGCUUUCCUUCCAGCUAACGUCUAGGGUACUGAACACACAGCAGCCUGUCAUGGCCUGAGGUGCCUCACCUGCUAUCUUAUGCCUUCUUCUCAUUUUGCUGUUCUGCAAGAGCGAUACUUUUCUGAUCUUUACUCAGAAAGUCAUUUAAGAGAGAUUAAAAGUUCUGUGCCUUCGUAUCACUCCUUGAAAUAAAAACUUUUUGCUUUAGUUGAA